AUGACACUUCAGACUCCCACAAUCGCGGAAGUACGAGCAUCCUCUGAGGUGCUUAGCGCCCCUGGUGCGUCGGCUACUGUUGUGAAAGUUGGCGAACACUUUGCAGUCAAGUUCGGUCGUACCGUUACUCUUCAAGAAGCUGAGAACCUCCGAUUCAUGUCAGAAAACAGCAAAGUUCCCGUACCAAAAUUCUACAAAACAAUGGCUGAACCAGAGACUGGAAUCAACUUCAUCGUCAUGGAGUACAUCGAUUCCAAGACCCUGGCAGAGCAGUGGCCGUCCCUUGAAGCCUCCGAGAAGCUCGAAAUUGCCGACCAUCUUCGUGUCAUUCUGCAAGACUUGCGCAGCCUUAAGCCACCCUCUUAUCUGGGCUCUCUCAACCGAAAGCCAUUCCAAGAUGGAAUCUUUUGGACUCCAGAACAGAACGCAGCCACGUCCGGUCCUUUUGAUACCGAGGAUGACCUCAACGAAGGUAUACUCAAACGUCUAUCAGUGAAUGAGUCCCAGGAACACGUCACAUUCCUGCGGAAACUGAUGACCGAGACAUUACAUGAUCACCAAGUCAGAUUCACUCAUGGGGAUCUGCAAGCCAAGAAUAUUCUUGUCAAAAAGAUUGAGUUGGAUGAAUCCAAAAGGUUUGAGAUCAAACUUAUAGACUGGAAGAUCUCGGGGUGGUAUCCGGAGUACUGGGAAUUUUGCAAUUCUACGAUUGCUAGUCGAUUUCGAUCGGAAUGGCUAGAGAUAGCACAGAACAUCAUGCAGGUUUACGUACCGGAGUACCUGAUGCUUCAGAUAAUCCGCAGCCAUCUGCUCCAUUGA